AUCUUGUUGUAUGACAGUCUUUUUCGAGGAGGUAUACACAUGUUGGACCGAUGCAACUUGACAUGUGUCAAGAUCCAGUCCAAGCUACCAGUGGUGUCAUCAACCAGUGCCAAGGUCGUAAUGGACGGGACUUUAGUAAUGUUUGUCGAGUAUCCGUGCGAGUCAAGACCGUGUGAGAACAGCGGCGUGUGUGGGGGACAUGGGACCACUAACUAUACAUGCACCUGUAUUGAUGGCUACUUUGGGAAGAACUGUGAAAAGUCUGUUUGUACAACAUUGUACAGAGAACUUAACAAUUUCAACUUGUGUGGGGUGUCGCCAAGUUCUGGUGUUUGUAUUGGUAAAAUCGCCAACGGGGAGCUGUGUCAAUGUCCAGAUACCCACUGGGGCCCUCUGUGUAACCUGCCUACUCAAGGCGAGAACAAAACUCUGACACUAUGCCAAAGACAAAAACAACUUUUCAGCACGACUGUCAAGCUCAUCAACGAAUCCGACGUCACAGACAGUUCCAUUUCUCUUUUACGCACCAUCACUGAUAUCUCGCGCCUGAAGUCCGUGCUUCACGAGAUGAACCUGUCGUAUCUGCCGGUGCGCACGUGCACGUCUGACGGUAGCUUUGCCGCCUCACAGUGUGACGUCAGCAUUGAUGACCUUGCUACCUGGAAAUGUUACUGUACAGAGACGGGGGUGGCGUUAUGCAAGGUCACGAUAGGGUCAAGGACGUCCUCAAACAGAAGCUGUGAAUGUGACUGUGAGUACUGGCAGUGCAUCCAAUAGAAAUUAGUUGAUAACGCAAAAUUCAAACACUUUCCUGUUUUAUUGAACAAAUGACGUCAGUGUUUUGGCAUAUGUGCACGACUUAUGAAUCCAUCUAGCGGAUCUGCAUAAAAUGUGCACACAGGUUUUUAAGUAAAUCUAUCCAUUAGCGCAUGAUAUAUUAUAUUCUCAUGCAAAUUAUCAAUAAUAUUUUCAUUAGCAUAAACGUCGAAAAGCGCUCUAAAUUAAGGCAAACACCGCCCACUCUACUCUCAGCCAGUCAGUGAACGAUAGUCUGUUUGUGGGCGUGGUUUGUUUCUCAGGGUUAUGGAAACAUAAUCACUAAAUAAAGUGCUUGGUUAGCCUGUCGAAUUACAUGUCUUCAACUGCAAUGCGUUUACCUCUUAUUAUA